AUGAACUCGUCCUACACGCUCAGCACGACGUCCAUCGCGAUCCCGAGCUCGUCUGCUAUCCCAGUCGCUGCGACCGACGAGCCGGGGUCCCCACACCAUGCUAGCCCCGUAGUAGCCUUCAUCAUUGGUCUCGCUAUAAUCCUGCUUGCUUCAAUCCUCAACGCAGCUGGACUGAACCUCACGAAACUCGACCAUGUCCGAACCAGUGCCAUCCCGAAAGAGCAGCGCCGGAGAGACUGGCUACGACCGCUAUGGCUACUGGGGAUGGUCUUGUAUAUUACUCUUGCUCUGGAGUACAUGCGAGCAGAAUAUGUUGCGCCUCUGGGGUCUACAUCACUCAUCUUCAACUUCCUCUUUGCAAGAUUCCUCGUCAAUAGUCCUGUCACCAAUUACGACAUUUACGGCACAAUCAUAGUAAUCAUAGGCGUCAUCGGCAUUGUUGCCUUUGGCUCCAUCAACAGCGGCCUUGGAGUCGAGACUGAUGCCGCGCAUCUCACCUACCUCUGGACUCGGAGCAACUGGCUCCUGUUCUUCUUCUUCAUGGCGUUCGCGCUCAUCAACCUUUACAUCUUCACCGCUCUACUCGAGCAGGUGCUCAAUGCUCGGUCAGACAUGAAUGCAGCGCCUUUCGCAGGCAUGAGCACGCGUAAAGCCAGCGAAACAUUUCCGCCUGGGUUCAAGGGUUUUUUGAGGCGGAUUGCUGCCGGCAUGGAGACCGCCAUGAUGUGGAUUAGGGAGAAGCUCGAGCUUUGGACAGCGCCCCAAGACGACAAACGCAUAGCGUGGACGUUGGGUAUAGGUUGGGCAUGCUGCGGUGGAGGUUUAGCCGGUGGUUGCUUGGUUUUCGCCAAGGCCGCUGUCAAGCUCAUUUCUGGCAGUUUGUCUCACGAGAACACUGGCAAUCAGUUCGGCCAUGCAUCCUCCAUCUUCACGUUCAUCCUCCUGGCCAUCACCGCGGUGUCGCAGAUUAUAUGCUUGAAUCGUGGGUUGAAGGUCUAUGAUUCGACGCUCGUCGUUCCAGUGUUCUAUGGCGUGUAUACCGCCGCGGGUUUCCUCAAUUCUCUAAUAUUCAAUGACGAAGUCGACGCCUAUCAGCCAUGGGCACUCUUCCUGAUCUUCGUUGCGAUGAUCAUCCUCAUCUGCGGUGUCGUGCUCCUGACGUACAAGAAGCCAGAGAAGAAGCCGACUACUGCUGGUGCAUCUGGGCAUGUUGCGCUGACGCCGCGUGCCCGGCGCGGGGCUGCGCGCAAGGGGAGUCCGGACAACAGCGACGAGCAGGAAGCGCUGCGGGACAUCGAAGAGGGAGAGGAAGACGCCGAGCAGCUUUGGCAGAUCGGUGAUACUAGCGACGACGAGGAUGGCAUCGACCGCCCGCGCAGCCCACGCCCCGUGCGCCACCGUUCAGGCAGCGCGCGCUCAAGAGGGGAGGGUGAGCAGGAGAGGAUGAUCGGUGGCGAGGCCGACGACGACGAGCGCCGCGAGUCAACCUCGUCGGAUGCGACGCUCGCGCGGCCUGACAGCGCGCGCGGCUACGCGGAUGACGAUUUCGGAGGCUGGAAACAAGGCAAGAUCCAGCAAUGA